AUGGUUGAAAUCCUAUCCGGAACUCUCUACUAUUCUCUGAAUGCAACGAGUCCAGACGAAGUAAAGAUGUCUUUUCUCAGUAGCAGUCUUUUGGAGAUGGUCAGGAAGCUGCAGCUCAUUGUGUUGCUGUUCAAACUAUUCUAUCCCACUGAAGAGGUGCUGGUGGGCUACUACUUGAAGAAGAAGAUAGAGGGCAAGGACUCUAACUUCAGCCACAUCAUCCCUGAAAUCGAUGUCUGCAAGCACGAGCCUUGUGAUGUUCCUGCGUUCUUUGAAGAGCCAGACUUUCCUGAUCAUGAGAUGGAAUGGUUCUUCUUCAGCCAACCUGAUUUUAAAUACACCAAUAGCACUCGCUGUAACAGGGCCACAGAUCAGGGCUUUUAUAAAAUCACAGGCAAGGUUCGUGAGAUCAAGGCACGACGAUCCAAAGCUGUGAUUGGUAAGAAGAGGACCUUGACUUUCUACGAAGGUCGUGUGCCGAAAGCCAAGAAGACCAACUGGAUCAUGCAUGAGUAUUAUCUCACCAACACUGAACUGGCCCAACUUGGUCCUAAUCCCAAUCAGCAGAAGGACUUUGUUCUCUGCCGCCUGAAGAAUAAGUCAGCUAAUUAUAAAAAGGUGAAGGCUGAUUCUGGUGGCUGCAUUGCCUCUAAUUCUGAAGAUAAUCAAGCUGCCGCAACCGAUAUGAUAUCAGAGCCAUUAGAACAUCUGGCAUCCCAAGAGGUAGGGGAUGUUCUGAAUGGUAAUGGUGAUCAUGAUGAAUGCACCGAGUCUCCAAAUGGUACUGGUCUGAUAGACAACAAUGAUAUUUCAAGCUGUGAUGAUGAUGAAAUUGAUACCUGGAUUUUCUAUGAUUUUGAUAAUCAAGCUGCAUGUGAUCUGUUUCAAGAGCAGUAUUGUGCUGAGCCAGGAGAAAAUCUGGAUUCACUCCUUCCUCCACCACAGCCACCACAGCCACCUCUGCCACCUCUGCCACAGGAUUACUGCUCCUCCACACAGCAGUCACCAUUAUACACAAAUCAGGGAAAUGUUCCCUAUGUCUAUGAUGCUGACUGCAAUAGGCAGCAAUCUCCGAUUGGGGAUAGGAAUUCUUAUCUUGCACAUAAGAAUAAUAUGUCAAUGAAUAAUCAAAUUGAACCAGUGAGCAACAUUACUUAUGGUGUUCAAAAUCGAGCUACAGGUGAAAGUAAUUCAGAGGUUAAUAAUAAUUCAACCAAUGAUUUCAAGGAACCAGUUAGCAACAUCACUUGUAACUUUAAUAAUGGUGCUCCAAAUGAAAGGAUUUCAAAGGCUUGUUCUCAGCCAAAAGAAAAUCUGGGAUCAUGUUUUGAUCCAUUUCAGCUACAGGAUUUCAUGCUGCUAUCACCAAUGAACUUGGAACUGGGAGAUUUUGAGCAUGACAAUAAACUUUAUUGGCAUGCAAUGAGUUGUAAUCUCUGAUCUGGAGGUUAUGACUCUUUUCCCUCAAAGUUCUUAUAUACAAUUAUUGUUGAUCAGGAAUAUUAUCCUGUGAAGAUACACUAAACACUAUUUUCAGUGACCCUAAUCUACCGGAGUCGUGGGGAAGAUUCUAUGAUAGCACUAGUGAAGUAAGAAGAAGUGAGGGAAAAAAAAAAAACACCGAG